GGAUGCCGAAGUCUACAAAUCCGGUAAGCAAAUUCACUGCCAUAUGGCCAAAAAUCUAUAAUUUGCUCAUUUCUGAAUGAAUUCUUUUUUCAGCGCGCUGAAGACUGUAAUGGUGAGAGGUCAUUUCGUAUUUUACCCAAUUACGUACGUGAACUUAUAUUUGUCACAGUCCUAUACCCAGAAACGACCGCGUCGCGAUAAAGAUUCAAGUGGUCGACCGCCUGAUAGUGGAGGCCAUGGCGGUGGUGGUAAUGGCACUUCUGGCGGUGGUUCCUCCAGGGGGUUUGAUGGUUCUGGUGGUGGUUCUCGAGCUGAAAAACACUCUACCCGCCCCCGAGGUACUUCGGAUGCCAAGUGGAGGACCAUGGGUACAGAUGGCAGUGGCGCCGGCUUCGCUCAAAAUCGAAACGUCAACGCUCCAUAUGCCUUAUCUUCAUUUUCACCACUAAGACCUGAUUCUCCUCCUUUACCCUCUGCGAGUGGUGCUAGUACAUCACUUGCGGAAGACGAUGAUUACCCGGAUUCGUUGUUUACCAGACCGCGACUUUCGCACACUCGUCAGACUAGUGCUAUGUCUGUGGUGUCGCUGCGCACAGCGCGCGAAAUGCAUGAUGUCGCAGAUUUGCUAGGCUCAGCUAUUGAUGCCCCAGUUGAUCGACCACGACAUGAGCGUGCCAAGAGCGACGAAACCAUCCUCGAUCCUUCUGUCCACCCUCCGACAACAGAUGAUGAGAGCGAUGUUGACAAACAUUCAAGUUCUAUCUCGUCGCCGUCUCGGUCAAGGCUCUCUUAUGCGUCUACAUAUUCUCAACCAUCCGAAUUCGAGCUCGUCACAGCCGACGGACAAAUUGAAAGGGUCUAUCUUCCUCCCUCGCCUUCUUUCUCUGGCUUCAAUAUACCCCGAUCUCGAACGUCAGCUAUCAGCGAAACACCGUCGUUAGCCUCAUCCAGAUCGCGUAGCUCCUACAGUAGCACGUCUUCCCACCAACUUCCUCCCACACCUGGAAUUAUCACUCCGGCAGAGUUUGCUGAUGGAACCCUUCUUCCUGUCAUUGUUGAAAAGCAGAGUGAAGGCCAGGAGUGGUCAUCAAACUCAAGCUCUGAAGAAAUAUCGGUACUGCAUGUUUCACCCCCCGACACUCUGGUGAGUUCUUGGCCGAAGCAAAAAUCGAAACUCCGGUGGAAAGUGCCAAUCUCACCUCGGAGGGAUGCUAUCACUGAAGAAGUGCGUCGACCAGACUCCCCGGGUCCAUGGUCUCCUUCGUUCUUCGAUACUCUUAGUCCGAUGUCCCAGAAUUCCCCUACUACACUAUCUCCGACAUCACCAUCUACUAAAACGAGUCCAUUCUCUCUGUUCACGAAGAGGGAGAAAGGGUCACGCUCUUCCUUAACAUCUUCAAUCUCUAGUCAAGCUUCUCAGUUGCCUUUAGACAACAAAACCAUGAAAGCUGAGGAAAAACGGCGGAGAAAGGAGGAAGCGAAGGCAAGGACAGAGAAACUUGCAGAGCAGUUAAAGGCGAAGAGUAAAGAACGUGCUCGAAUGGAGGCUGAUAAUAAUUCUAACUUUUCGGCGGAACGAAGAAAAAAGGAGCCAGGCGCUAUGUAUGGUGGUAUAGCUGGUGUCGUCAUGUAGGCCCGUUUUUUCUGUUUCCUGUCCUCUUUUCAUUUAUCACCUUCAUUUAUUGCUUUCGGAUUAUCUGCUUUUCUUACUUCAUAUCUUUUGAAGUUGCUGAUCGUUGACCACGCUCAUUAUUGUUGUAUUAUUCUACGUAUGUGCUUGAUUUGAUUGUGUACAUUUACAUUAGAGUUGAUAUCACUAGUACUCUCACGUAUUUUGUUGAACGUUGUUCUCUAUUAUGUGGA